UAAUCUUUCACCGAAGUUUCAAUCCUCCGAUUGCCUUAGGCGUCAAGAGGCAAGAAUAUUUUUCUCCUCCCAUUAUUGUGUAUUCGCACCUCGUUUCUCCGACUACUGACGGUGUAAAGUUUAUUUAGAAGACAGAUGUUGGAAAUUAAUCGAUCAUCUAAACUUCUGGAUAAAGCUGAAGCGUCCUUGAUUGUUGCGUGCGAAAGACUAAUGACUCAGAGUGAAGAAGGAAUUUAAACAUAUCAAGUUUUCAAAUCCGAAAUCAGUUUGGAUUCUUUUUCAGAAAAUGCAGGAAGCGUUCUUGGACCUGAACGGUGUUCCGACUCAUGUCACUUCCGAGGGUCGGUGGGUCGAGGCUGGCCUUGCAGCCGAUGGUCACAGAGAUGUGGUGGUUGUCAUUCCAGGUAAUCCGGGAGUUCCAAGCUUCUAUAACGGGUUUAUCAAGACCUUGAAUUCAAAACUCCCGACGGAAACGCCCGUCUGGAUGGUUGGGCAUGCCGGGCAUGUCCAACCCAGCAAGACGAGCCUUAGAACCUUGCCCAAAUAUGAGCACAACAGGCACUUGUACAAUCUGGAUGGGCAGCUUAAGCAUAAGGCUGAGUUCAUCAAGAAAUACGUACCUAAAGACGCUCGAUUACAUCUUGUUGCCCACUCGAUUGGUAGUUGGUUCGUUUUGAACCUUCUUAAGGACGAAGAGAUUAGAAAUCGGGUUGUGAAAUGCUACCUAUUAUUUCCUACUAUCGAACGUAUGAGAGAAAGUCCAAAUGGAAAAUUCUUUACACGAUUCGUCACACCUUUGAUCUCCACGCUGGUUUUUCUUUCUUGGAUAUUUACGUUUUUGCCUUUGAUUAUUCAAAUACUUUUGAUCGAAAUAGUCGGUUUCUUCAUUGGAAUUCCUCGCAAGUGCAGGAACUCUGUUUUGCAGCUUGUCAAUCCCGCUGUGCUGAGAAGAGUUUUUUCGUUGGCAAAACAAGAAAUGGAAGUCGUGCGUGAGUUGGAUCAUGAAUUAGUAUCAAAAAAUUCAGAUAAACUUUGGUUAUAUUAUGGCUCUAAGGACGGUUGGACUCCUGUAAAAUAUUAUGAAGAAAUCAGAUCUAGAUAUCCAAAUCUCAAUGCUGUACUGUGCAAAAGAGGAAUUUUACAUUCGUUUGUUCUUGAAAGCGAUACGGAAAUGGGACACAUUGUUGGAGACGUUAUCAAUGAUAACAUUAUAUAACACUCGGUUUUAAUUUAGAUACUAUAAGUAUUAAGUAAUGAUCAACAAGUGUCAUUCCACAGCAUCACGUAAGUUAAAGUUUCGAGAAAAAUAUACACAUGCACCACUUUUUUUUUUAAUUUUUCACUUGUAAUUUUUAGUGGUUUACGAAAUGGCAAAGGCAUUUUUAUAGAUAUAAUAUCAUUUUAUACGGAAAAUGUUCAUGAAAUUGCAGUAUCGCCAGAGAGUUAAGUAUAGAGAAUAGAAAUAGGUACUAAGUAACAAUUUUUUUUAUUCUAUCAGUAGAUCA